AUGCGAAUUGAGCUGCUGCAGUUUGUCAACAACGGCUCGUUUGGCCACGGAGCCACCAACUCCUCCGGCGGAUUUACUCAUCUAUCCAGCCGAUACGAAUUUUUCAAAGACCGCGAGGUGGACGAGCUGGUGGCCGAUUUUGUGGCCAACAUCUCGUACAAUUCACAGCACAAAAAAGAUCCGCGGCUGCUGGACGAGAUCCUCGAAAAGGUCGAUCUCAAGGGCUUCGAGCAGAAGUAUAUCACCACGCUCAGUAACGGACAGUUCCGCCGGGCCCGCAUAGCAAAAAGUCUCUACGGCAGGCCAGACCUGCUCAUGAUUGAGGACCCGUUUCUGGGGCUGGACCCUGUUGCGAAAAAUACCGUGUCGCGUGUUCUGGAGCACACAGGCGCCCCCACCACCGUGUGUCUUGGGCUCAAGCUGGAGGACGAGAUCCCCGAGUGGAUAGAGAAGGUGGCCAUUGUCGACCGCAUCGGUAUUGUUGAGAGUGGCAACAGGACGGAUCUGGCAGGAACACUGACCAGCCUAUGCACAGCACACAGGGAAGAGCAACAACAGUUGAAAAGCCAGCUGGAAGCCAAGCUCUACCAUCCUCACGAACAGACCUCAGAUCGCUCCGAAACACCAUUGUUGGAGAUGUGCGACGUGAACGUACUGUACCGGGGCAAGCAUGCCUUGAAGAAUCUGAACUGGACUGUUCGGGACGGCGAGAAAUGGCACAUCAGAGGCAAGAAUGGAGAAAAUCGCCAAGUAUCUGGAAAACGUCGGUCUGCUGCAAUACAAAGAUACAAAGUUCAAAGACCUGCCUGUGAGCAGUCAGAAAAUGGUGCUUUUGCUGCGCGCAAUGAUCAACCAGCCAAAAAUAUUAAUUCUGGACGAGUCGCUCAGUGCCAUGUCCAAUGA